AUGAUACUUGAUGCAUCUUUUGGUGGGUCGGUUCUAUUAAGAACUGCUGAUGAGGCCAUUGCUGUUAUUGAAAACAUGGUUUCCACGAACAUGCGAAGCCGACGUGGGAGGACUCAAGUUCAGAAAAGAGGAGUUUAUGAACUUAAUGCUCAAGAUGCAAUACUUGCACAAAACAAACUUCUUGCCCAACAGAUGGAGAAUGAUAGGAAUGCAAAACUAGAAGAAUCAUUGCAGAUGUUCAUGCAACAGUCCAUCCAAAACCAAAAGAAUAUCGAUGCAUCUAUAAAGAAUUUGGAAGUGCAAGUUGGUCAGUUGGCCAACCAAUUGGCAAAUCAACAAGGUGGAAAAUUCUCUGCAAAUACCCAAGCCAACCCUAAGGAAGAGUGCAAUGUCAUAUUCACUAGAAGUGGAAAAGAGCUUGAGAUCACUAUGCCCUUGACCGAAGCACUACAACAAAUNCCUGCCUAUGCUAAGUACAUGAAGCAAAUCCUCAACAAGAAGAAAAAGUAUUUAGAUGAGGAAACAAUUGAAGUGCAGGGAAAUUGCAGUGCCAUCAUGCAAAAGACUCUCCCUCCAAAAUUUAAAGAUCCGGGGAGUUUCACCAUCCCAUGCACCAUUGGAAACCAUGAUAUAAGGAAAGCUCUUAUUGAUUUAGGGGCUAGCAUCAACCCGAUGCCCCUAUCUAUGCUUAAAAAUAUUGGUGGUCUUGAAGCCAAGCCAACACGAAUGAUGCUUAAAUUGGCAGAUAGGUCCAUCAAAUACCCUUAUGGUGUGGUAGAAGAUGUGGUGGUGAACAUUGAUAAGCUUCAAUUCCCGGUGGACUUUGUAGUGAUGGAGAUGGAGGAAGAUGCAGAGAUACCGCUCAUCCUUGGAAGACCUUUCAUGAAGACAGCUAAGGUUGUCAUUCAUAUGGAAGAGGGAAUACUGAAAUUAAAGGACCAAGAUAGAGAGGUAACUUUCAAUGUCUUUGAAGCUGGGCAUCCAAGUCAUGAGGAACAGACUAGCCUUGAAGUAACCGAUGAAGUUCUAUCUGUUACUAGUCUACCAAGGCAAGUUGCUAAGUUGGCCAAAAAGAACCUAAAUUGUUUCUCUCCAAAAGUGAAGAAGAAGGAUGGAAAUAGAGAAGAGAAACUUGCACACCAGCACCCUGUUGUGGAAAGUAAUGAACCCAAACCUGGCAAACCAAAUCUGCAAUCUGGUACGGCGCUCAAGCCCCCCCCAAAAAGGGGUGCUCAAGCGCGGACUGCACAAAGCUAG